UCUAUGUGAUAUUUUACUUUUUUUUUUUUAUGAUUUUGUAUGAGCAAGAACUCUAUUGAAAAGGAGUGUGCUGCCGAUGUUGGUUCAUCAGGGGCUGCUGCCGAUGUUGUUUCAUCAGGGGCUGUAGUGGCAGAAGAGAAGCUCAGUGAAAAGAAGCAGAAGAGAAUCAAAUUAGUCGCUACUAAGGGUAAAGGAAAAAAGGUUGAAAAAGGAGUGAAAGAAAAACAGAAUGUGAAGUUCGAGGAUCCUGAUGGUGAAGACGUUGUUGAUGAAGUGCAAGGAUCAAAAUCUAUUGUUUAUGGGACAUUGCGUAAUAGGAUGUCGCCUUUAUCUGUUGUUAAUGUUCUUAAGAAGCUUUCGGGAGACCAGUUGAUUGUUAUUAGAGCUAUAGGAUUUGAGUCCUUGGAAUUUUUGAAAGUGUCCCAACUGCCUUUGUAGUUGGGCUUUUGGUUGAUCAAGCACUUUGAUGCUCAGAGUUGUUCCUUAAAUAUUCCUGAUUUUGAACCUUUCAAAAUUACAGAACAACAUGUACAUGAGGUCCUAGGGCUGCCAGUUGGAGGCAUGGAGAUGGAUGCAAAUGUUUUUUCAAAGGAUGAAGUCAUUACCCAAUGGAAAAAACAGUUCAAAUAGAACUCAUUAUCUGUCAACAUUGGGGGGCUUUCAAUGUAUUUGAAGGACCAUAAACCAGCUGGGCCAAUGUUCAAACGCAAUUUUGUAGUUCUUUGUGUUUCCACUUUAAUGUCAGCUUUUAUAUAUUGAUCAGUUUGUCAUUGAGGAAGUUAGAGCCAAACGAGAAACUCCAGUUCUCAACGGUUGGACAACCAAUAUGUUGUCUAGUCGUGAGAAAUUGGAAAUUUUUAAGGGGAGGCUUGGACUUUUUGAUAAAAAUCUGAAGGUUGUUGGUCAUUCUGGCAGCAAACAACCAAAAAUGGAAAUAUCCGUUCCAACUGCUCCACAAACUAACAAAGAUGUUGAAGUAGAUCCAAAGAAGGAACAAUCUGAUCCAAUUGGUAUAAAAAAUGAAGAAACUGAACAAGAUCCAAAGAAGAAAUGCCUUAUGGAACUUGCAACAGCAUCUACAAACCUAGUCUUGCAUUGGCAUACAUGGAUUUCAGUUAAAAACAUGAAGUUGCCGUCAAGUAUUUUCCAAACAACGAGAAGAUACAAAAGUUGAAGGAAGAUGCCAUGAGCAUUUGUGAUGAGCAUAAGAUGAGCUCCAAAACUUUGACUGAAGAUAAUACUCUUUCAUUUAGCCAAGAUGAACAAUAUUGGCAAGAUCCGGCAGUAAUUGAAGCUUGGGAUAGGUUUUCUAAGAUUUCAGGCAACGACAAGCAUGCUGAAUCUUCAAUCAAUGCAAGGGUUGUUCAUCUAAAUGAAUCAGAACCCAUUGAUGUUACUAAGAUUGCUGCUGAAUGUGUUCACAUAGCAAGUGGUAUCGCUGAUGUUGAAUGUCCGUCCGUUGUCAUAGAGCCUAGGGCUGCUGAACAUGUGUUAAAAAACUUGGAGACUAAGUAUCAGAUAUGGUUUAAGAAGUUCACUUGCCAAAGGAUCUAGAACUCCUACAUUCAAUUUAGGAAUCUCUUCUCAAGAAACUGAUUCUCAGGAGAAGUCCCCUAGUAGUGCACCAAUGAUGAACCUGUAGUUGCUCCUGUCAGUGCACAAGUUGGUGCUUCUGCAAUAGCUUCUAUAUCAGCUGUUGCUGAUGCUCUGAAUGCUAAUCAUCAAGAGUCCAUUUCUGAUGCUCAAGAAGAUCCAAUUGUGCUUAAGAGAAAAGGAGAUACUAAAAAGGAGAGUUCUAUUCUAAAGAAGAAGCGUAAAGUGCAAUCAUCGUUGCAGAUUAGAUCUCCUUUUAAUUCUCGGAUUAUCAACAUUUACACACCAUUAACAGCAGUUCAGAAAGGUGUUAUGGAUUCAGUUUUUCAUGAGAAGAAAAAUCGUUUAUAAGUAUUUAUUUAAGUCAUAUAAUUGUUUAUCUUGACUUAUCUAAAUUUUGCUCAUUUUCAAAAUGAGCAAUAUUUUCUUAUUUAAAAAUACCGAGCUAGACCUAUUUUAAGAAAUACAUUUUAGAGUAAAGGGUGAUGGAAAUUUCAGUAGCCUCUUGCAUUUUGAAGUACCCCUCUGGAAAUUGGCAAUUGACCUUAUGUUUUUUUUUUCGUAAAAUGAGUCCAGCUCUGUAUUCUUAUUUUACAUACCUUCGG